AUGACUAUGAUUACAGCGAGAGCACUAGCCAUAGCGGGUGCUGUUGCUGCUGUCGCUGCUGCUGCUGCUGCUGCGUCUCCGGUUGUAACGGAAAGACACGAAGAACCAGCAGCAACAGCACCAGUGGACAUAUCUCCGGUGCCAUGCUACCUGCUGAGGAUCCAACGCUCUUCAGGAGUUUCCCCCCGAACGCUGGCAGAAGGAGGGUCGAGGGCAUCGUCUGCUGCUGGAGAUGAAGAAGGAGAAGGAGCAGCAGCAGCUGCAACACCACGAACAACGGUUGGAGCUUGCGAUCCUCCGGGGCCUCCUUUAUUGAGUGAAGGCGCGAACGUCUCAGCUGCUGCAGGAGUACAAGUAGGAAUUUUGACUGAAAUUGUGCAGCGCGGUGGUGGGUUGCCUCCCGAAGACCUGGACGACAUUACAGAUAUGUUGAAGGCAUUGAAAGCACUUUUGAGCUUAGUAGGGUCAAAGAGGGGCAUGAUUUCAGGGUUUGAGAAAAGCCUGCAAGAGGACAUUGAAGAGCUGUCUCGAAUGGAACAAUCCCUGGCGUCAGGGACCCUGUGGAGUCCUUUAAUGCUGCAGAUGCAAGCAGACAUUCAAACGGAUAAGGAGCGACUAGAAGGCUGGAAGGACGAACUGAAAGUGCUGCAACAGCAUUUGGGAGAUGGCACACGUAAAGCGCAAAAGCUAAUAAAGCGUAUCUGCUCUUCGUCAGGAUGUUCAACACCAGAGAGGCGACACAGCAGCGCCUUGCCCCCCAGAAGCAGGAGUAGUGAGAGCCGCACCAGUAGGAUAGGGAGGAGCUCCAGCAGUAGUACAAGCAGAAGCCGCAGCACCAGUGUGGACACGUAUGGGCCUACCUCGGGGGAGUCCCGUAGAGGCCGCUCGCCUCGCAGGGACAAGGCGGACGUUUCGCAGCAGCAGAAGGAGAUGGACGAUUUACAGAGUAUGGUGCAGGUAACGAUACAGCUGCAGAAAAUGCAGCUGGGGAGUGGGCAGGGGGAGGCUCAGUCGAAGGAGACGCAGGGUGGGCCGGACACGCUACGUUCUUGGCUGCAGUCCCACGGCCAGCAACAGCACCCAGGGCAUCAACAGCAACAGCAACAGCAACGGGGAAGAGGUGGUGCUGCGACGGGCCCGCGGAGUGGAGACGCUCCAAGAGGAGGAGUUGCAGGCAGAAGAGGCGGGGGAGGCAACGGCAGACUCGGCAGACGUUCCUGGCAGCGCAGGGGGAGCAGCAGCAGCAGCAACGGCAGAGGGGGGAAAGGAUCACCUUUGAAGACUCCUCUGGGCCACAUUACAGAAGAAUCGGAUGAAGACAGUGGAACGACGUAG